AUGUGAACUGAGACUUCUAGAUACCAGCAGUGAGUGUGAUGCUGAUUUAUUUUAUUCCAGUCACUUGAAUCCAGCGGUGCAAUUGAAAGUUUCCGGGUUUGAGCGACAGGAUGGCGGCUUGUUUGUCAGUGAAGGCGAUGCGCUACUUUCUAUUAGUCAAGCUGACAGGAGAGCUACACGUCACAGGAAAUCCGCUCCAGUGGAUUUCAGCGUAAAAUGCACCCCAGCACGCCAAUCGCCAUUAUCUCUUUAUUGUGAAAACCCUAAAAGCUGUCUUACGUUGUAAUGUCUGCGGUGUGACUCUUGACGCCAGAGUAAGUUCAGAAGUUGGACACGUUUCUCGUGUUUUCCUCUCUGAUCACUUGGACGUGGCUGUGACGCGUGUGUCUGAGGUCGUGUUGAGACGGCUCCUCUUCUCCCGGUGACGCAGGUAACAUGUCCGGCGGGUGUGUGCGGUUGUGCAGCGCUUCUUUCUCACGGAGCUGUCGCUAAGGCCUGUCCUCAGGGUUUAUUUCCAUCACGAGUCCCCCAACAGAAAUGUCACUGGAGGACUACGAGAGACACUUGGACUCGCUGAAUUCGGACCUGGGCAGCGGGUCCGUGGUCAGCGAGCGAUCCGCGUCCUGCACGUUUAAUGGCGAGGAGGAGAAGCUGCACUACAUCCCCAUCCGGAUCCUCGGGAGAGGGGCGUUCGGAGAGGCCACUCUGUACCGGAGGACCGAGGACAACUCUCUGGUGGUAUGGAAGGAGGUGGAACUGAACUCGCUCUCAGAGAAGGAGAGCAGAGAUGUCAUGAACGAAAUCAGCAUCCUCUCCAUCCUGGAGCACAACAACAUCAUCGCCUAUUUCAAUCACUUCAUCGAUAAAAACACUCUGCUCAUUGAGUUGGAGUACUGCAAUGGAGGAAAUCUGUAUGAUAAAAUCAACCAGCAGAAGGGGAAACUUUUCUCUGAAGAGGUGGUCAUAUGGUACCUGUACCAAAUUGCCUCAGCGGUGGCCCACAUUCACAAAGCUGGUGUAUUACACAGGGACAUCAAAACUCUGAACAUUUUCCUGACAAAGACUGACCUCAUCAAGCUCGGCGACUAUGGCCUCGCAAAGAAGCUCGACUCUGAGUUUUCAAUGGCAGAGACUUGUGUGGGAACUCCAUAUUACAUGUCUCCUGAAUUGUGCCAGGGAGCAAAGUACAACUUCAAAUCAGACAUCUGGGCCAUGGGUUGCGUUCUUUUUGAAGUCUUGACUCUUACAAGAACAUUUGAUGCAACGAACCCUCUGAACCUCUGUGUGAAAAUAGUCCAGGGCAACUGGACAAUGGAUGUGAACUCAGAUGUUUAUUCGUCUGCAUUGAUCAAGCUGGUGUACGAGUGCCUCGAUCAAGAUCCUGCAGAGAGGCCUACAUCUGAGCAGAUUCUGGACCAGCCGUUCAUCUCUUGCUGCCGAAAGGAGCUGGAAGAGCGAGUAGCCCUGUUGAAUUCAGCAAUGAAGAAACCCAAGCUGAGUACAGUGACCGAAACCCCUGUUGCCGUGGUGACCACACGUUCAAGGGAGGUGUACUUCUGGGGUGGAGGGAAGUUCACCCCCCAGAAAAUGGACACAUUUAAAGGAGGCAGUAGUGCCCAGCAUGUGUGUGCAGGAGAGAGCCACUUUGCAGUUGUCACAGUGGAAAAGGACUUGUACACCUGGGCUAAUGUGCAAGGCGGAGGCAAGAUGGUGGGCCAGCUGGGGCACGGAGACCAGGCCUCAUAUCGGCAGCCUAAGAGGGUGGAGAAGCUCCAGGGGAAGGCCAUCCGACAGGUGGCGUGUGGGGCUGACUUCACUGCCUGUGUCACCGAUGAGGACCAAUUGUACAUGUUUGGGUCAGACUAUUAUGGCUGCAUUGGAGUGGAGGGCGAGAUGGGAGUUGAGAGUUUGGAGCCAGUGCUUUUGGAGUUUUUUGAGGAGCGGCCUGUCCGUCAGGUUUCGUGUGGGGACAACCAUGUGGUGGUGCUGACUCAGAGCGGGGAGGUCUACUCCUGGGGCUGUGGAGAGUAUGGGCGACUGGGUCUGGAAUGCGAGGAUGAUUUCGCUUCUCCAAUGCAAGUCAAGAUCCCUAAAGGUGCCAUCAUCUCUUCAGUGUCAUGUGGCAGCGAUGGAACCUUCUAUUUGACCGAAACUGGCAAAGUCCUGGCAUGUGGAAACAAUGACUACAACAAGCUGGGUCUGAACCAGGGAAUCUCCGGUCUCAAAAACCACCCCGGGGAGGGUUACCAGGGCACCCCGUACAUCACCACGCUGACCUUGGUAAAGCAGCUGUCGCGAUUCACGAUCCAGGUCAUUGCUCCAGGGAAGACCCAUACAGCUGCGAUUGAUGAACGUGGUCGUCUGAUGACCUUUGGCUGCAACAAGUAUGGACAGCUGGGUGUGAAGGACUUUAAGAAGCACCAGGGGGUCCAAGUCCUUCUUGGGCCCUUUGGAGGGAAGACAGUGAAUAAAGUGUCCUGUGGAGAUGGAUUCACCAUUACAGCCACUGAGGACAAUCAAAUCUUUGCAUGGGGAAACGCUGGAAACGGGCGACUUGGGAUGCCCGCUGAUAAGGGAUUUGGUUCAGAGGUCUGUCCUGCCAUGCCAAGGCCCAUCUUUGGUUCCCUCCAUCAUGUACCGGACCUCUCAUGUCGUGGAUGGCACACCAUUAUCAUUAUGGAGAAAGUGCUCAACUCCAAGACUAUUCGUUCCAACAGCAGUGGACUAUCAGUUGGACUGGGUCAGGAGGCGUCUACAUCCACAGUUGAUCUGGACAUAGAGCCUGGAGAGACAGAGUGUCGCGACAGGGGUCUUGGAGGAACACGGGAGGCAAAUACAGAGGGGUGCCUCUUUGAGACCCCGAUAAUGUCAAUGACAAGUCAGACUGGGGACAGCUCCUGCCCACUCUGGCUCAGAAAGGAGCUUGAGGAUGCAGAGGUCAUCCCGAUACCGAAAGGCUCUGACCUGUCCACUCCUGACCAGCUCUCUUCUAUCUCAGAAAGCGUCACUCUACCUUAUGAGGAGCUUAAAGAGCUGAAGGCUGCAGCAGCAGCUGUCAGCAGUAUGAAAGACCUCUCGACUAAACGAAUGACCUGUGAUAACAUGAAUGGAAUGGAGGAGACUCGUGUCUGCAGAAGAGGAGAAUCGAGCGUAUGCUGCAGUGCUGGUAGAGAAGUCACACAGCUGCGAGAGACAGUCGCUUGUCAAGAGAUGAGGAUCCAGAUGCUGGAGAAGCAGGUCAAUGACCAGCAGAAGGAGAACGAGAGGCUCUGGGCGGCAAUCAAUUCUUCAGUUCUACGGGAAGCGGGAAGGGACAAUAAUGGAAACCCUCGCCCCGAUCGUGUGCCUGGGGAUGUAGGAGGAAGAGGAGGCGGAUUCACAAACCACGGGAGCAGAUCUGCAGGGGCCAGCGUGUGAACCUCAACUCGCAGGUUUCUAGAUUAUGGGAGAAGUGUCACAACUCACAGCACAUACUAAGUAAACAGCUGGUUAGUUGGAAAGUGAAGGCUCGGUCAGAGGUGCAGUUCACGACGCAUCCUCGUGCCCACUCACAACGGUUACAUCACGGUAUACAUGUUUGCUUGCACGUACAUGUAUAAUACUUGCACACUUGUGUUCACAUGGGUGCAGUGAUCUCGCUAAGUUUCUCCACAGGCUGAAAUGUUGGCUGGACUCAACAUGAGGCGUUGGACCUUGACACCCUCGAGAGAUACACUGAUGAUGUUUCUCUUCAAUGUGAAGGUAAAUUUAUCGGUGGUGUUAGUGUUGAUUGUUAGUGACGUCAGCACCAAGGCUUCAGUCCUUUACUGCCUCAGAUAUACAUAUUUAUCACCCAACAGGCAAAACCAGCUCACGCAAAUAGUAAACAAUUUGCUCACACAUCCAAGUUUGAUAUUUUCUCUACUUUCAGCUGUUCAGCUUGGCAGCCAGUAUGUUGUCCACACUCAUGUUGGCACAGUCUUCCAAUGUGAAAAUACAGCUUUCUUAAAUAUCACUUUUAACUUCAUCUGGGGAUCUGAGAUUAUGAGAACAAAAUCACAAUAUUAAUAUUAAUAGUUGUAAUUUUUACAAGAAUAAAUUUGUUAUUUAAUGAGUGAAAACUCAAAAUUUGUGUCAUUUAAGAGCGGGAGAUCAGAAGUUGGGCCUGUGUCCUGUGUUAAAUUGAGGAAUGUGGAGCAUCUUGUUAAGUUAUACUUUAGUUUAAGGCCCACAAAUAAAGAUGUUUUUUGGCUCAUCAGCGCCACAUUAUUUCAAGUAUAUAUCAAGACUUUGAAAUAUUGUGCAAGAAACUCGGUCUAUUCUUAAUAAAAAGAAGAAAUUGCUUUUUUGUGGAGGAGGAAAUGUUUGGUAUUGGUCGACUGCGAUGCUGCCGUUUCUUAGUCUCACAACAAACCGUUGCGAUUGGCAGCUGUCAAGAUGUUGGAUCCAGAAGGAGUGGAACUCCAGCGAGCGCUUUUCAAAUUAUUCUCGUAGUAUUUGGAAUCUUUUCUUCACAAUUAAGACUUUAUUCCUCGUAAUCUCAGAACUUUAUUUUCUUCAAGAUGGCUCCAAUGCUCUGUCAUAAAAAAACAACACAAAGCCUCUAAAACUGUCAUGUUUAUCCGACAUGUUAGCUAUCGCUUUUAUCUCAUGCAAAUAUAUCAUUUUUGAAUUUUGCAUGUUUUAUUAUAGUAUAAAUAGAGCAUAGAGCAUUUGGGUGAAACACGAAACUACUGAUUAAUUUUUUUACAAGUAUGUUACUCCUUUUAUUGCCGUUUUUGACUCUUGGAUUCUCAGCGGUGCAGCACAUGUAGGUUUAUCUUCAUCAUGAAAGAACACUUGGAAUGUGGACAACAUGGUCUUUAAAGCUUUUAUCACCUUGCAGCUCUUUGUUGUUUUUUAUUGUACUUUUUUAACCAUUUAAUCCGUCUUUGGUACUUCCUGAAAUGUGUCAGGUGAAGAAAAAAAAAAAAAGCAAAUGUGGAAGCAAAUGUUUUUGCUUUUAUUUGAGAUCUGCUGAUUUUGUUCAUUGUGUGCAAUUAUAUGUAAAAACCCUUUUCAUCAUAAUAAAGCUUACAAGCUGAUGUCAACCUUAUAACACUGGCAGUAAAAUGCUAUGUGAAAUACAGAGUGUGCCUUACAAGCCAUUGAAACCAAAGUUAGAGCAGCAGUAUGACGAUGUUGUGCCUUUAUUAUACAGUGUGACAGCAUGUAAUAUGUGGUUUAUAUUGUGGAGAUGUAACACUUGUAUAAACAAACACUCCUCUGCUCACAGUCCUAUUGUUGCCUUGUGUUAAAGCCAUAAAUAAAACUUAUCAGCUGUC